AACAGAGGCUGCUUCGUGCAGAAAAAACUCACAACCACACGGUCCAGCAUCAGAGCAGCACACAGGUUGAUCACCUGAAGAGCAAGAGAGAGGAUGGACGCCGCAUACAAGAGGAUCAAUGGGAGCUACGGGCAAGAGACAGAGGAGCGAGGCACAGGGAGGAGAAGGGGCUCCAUGUACCUGGAAGAAGAGACCAACAAGAAGUCAGAGGUCAUCUCCUGCAUCUUCUCCCUGAAGGAGGAAGUCGGGGCUUUAGCCAGAGGCCUGCGUCUUUUCGAGGAGAAGGGCAUCAACCUGACGCACAUCGAGUCCCGUCCGUCGCGUAUGAACAAGGACCAGUACGAGUUCUUCAUCACUCUGGACGCCACCUGCUCCCAGGCCCUGGACGAGGUCAUCGACGGCCUGCGCACUGAAAUCAGCGGCCACGUGCACGAGCUAUCACGCAGCAAAGAGAAGGACACGGUGCCAUGGUUCCCUAAUGACAUCCAGGACUUGGACCGCUUCGCCAACCAGAUCCUCAGUUACGGCUCCGAGCUGGACGCCGAUCACCCGGGCUUUACAGAUCCAGUGUACAGAGCCCGCAGGAAGGAGUUUGCUGACAUCGCCUACAACUACAGACAUGGCCAACCCAUCCCUCGAGUGGAGUACACAGAGGAGGAAAGGCUCACAUGGGGUAAGGUGUUCAAGGAGCUGAAGACUCUGUACCCGACACACGCCUGCCGCGAACACAACCGGGUUUUCCCCCUGCUGGAGAAAUACUGCGGCUACAGGCAGGACAACAUCCCACAGCUGGAGGACGUGUCCCGCUUCCUGCAGUCGUGCACGGGCUUCCGGCUUCGCCCGGUGGCCGGCCUCCUCUCGUCCCGUGACUUCCUGGCUGGACUCGCCUUCCGCGUCUUUCAUUCCACGCAGUACAUUCGUCACGGCUCCAAGCCCACGUACACACCUGAGCCGGAUAUCUGCCAUGAGCUCCUGGGACACGUCCCGCUGUUCGCUGACCCUAGUUUUGCCCAAUUCUCUCAGGAAAUCGGUCUCGCCUCACUCGGUGCCCCCGACGAGUACAUUGAGAAACUUGCUACGGUGUACUGGUUCACUGUGGAGUUCGGCCUGUGUAAGCAGGGCUCAGAGGUCAAAGCUUACGGAGCUGGCUUGCUUUCAUCGUUUGGAGAGCUGCAGUACUGCUUGACAGACCAGCCCAAAGUCCUGCCCUUCGACCCCGACAAGACGUCCCUCCAGAAAUACCCGAUCACAGAGUACCAGCCUAUUUACUUUGUCGCGGAGAGCUUUGAGGAUGCCAAAGAGAAAGUCAGGAAAUUUGCAGGCACCAUCCCCAGGCCUUUCACAGUGCGCUACAAUGCCUACACCCAGAGUAUCGAAGUGCUGGACAACACCCAGCAGCUCAGGAACUUGGCCGACAGCAUCAAUAGUGAAAUGGGGAAAUUGUGCGAAGCCCUGCGGAAACUGGAGUAACCACACGUGAAGCCCCCGAGAAUCUCAUUUCACGUUAUUCAUUUCUGACACGGUCAACUUGUGGUUCAGUGUGCACUUGAAUGGGCUUUCUUUGUAUUAAAACAAAAAUAUGCAAGUCAAAUAAUGACAAUAUUACUGUAAUCCGAUUAGUAUAUUAGUGAAUAUCUAGUGUAGACUUAUAUUGUAGCAUUAUAAGGAAUUUAUCUGUACUGUCAUCAUUAUUAUCUUACGAAUGUAACUUUAAUUAUUUUAAAAUCCAUCAUGUAAACAUUAAAUUUUGCUUCUAAUAUGCACAACAGCUGAACUAAUCAGAUUUUCUUUCCCAUGCAAACCUGAAAGUACAUUGAUAGACAAUCUUUGGUGCUGGCUUCUAUUUCUAGCUUGGCUAAACAAAAUGUUUUGUACAUGCAUGAUAUGUUUUAAUUAACCAAAUAAACUCUUCUUUCUUUCUAUUG